CAGCCUGGGCUGAGAACGUAGACAAAGAGUUUCCAGACAUUGGCAGGGGUUCAUGUCCAUGUUCAGUCUGGGUGGAAUAGUGCCGGCUUUGUGCAGAGAUUUGUCAAAUGUUUGACCUCUGUAGUGAACUGCAGGCUGCUCGGUACCGAUGCUCAGUGAUUUUUUUACGGYCCAUGGCCACUCCAYAGACCAUCUGUUCCAGUGCAUAUCCCAUACCCAGCCUCCAAGGGAGGGGGGAGAGAGAGGAAUUCACUGUGGGUGAUGUAAACGAUACAGAGCAAAGGGACUUGUCUGCGGGGACAAAAACCCUCCCAACACAUGCUAGUUUACAUGUCUCUCAGACAGUGAUCGAUCCCCCUUUCCUCUCUCUCCUCUCUUCUUCCCUAUACUCCUUCCCCUCUCUCCUCCACAGAUCAGAGAUUGGACAUGAACAAGCUGGGCCUCAAUGACAGUGACACAGUGAGGGGUCAGAUAGUGGUGAGCCUGCAGUCCAGAGACAGRAUAGGCACAGGAGGCCCAGUGGUGGACUGCAGCCGUCUGUUUGACAAUGACCUGCCAGACGGCUGGGAGGAGCGGAGGACUGCGUCUGGCCGAAUCCAGUACUUGAACCACAUCACACGCACCACACAGUGGGAGAGGCCUACCAGGCCUGCGUCGGAGUACUCCAGCCCGGGCCGGCCUCUCAGCUGCAUYGUGGAUGAGAACACGCCCAUCCUGAGCACCAACGGGGCCACGCCCACCAUUCCGUGUGUCCCGUCCAGCGACCAGCGGGCCCAGGAGAGACGCGUCCGCUCCCAGAGACACAGGAACUACAUGAGCAGGACACACCUCCACACACCCCCAGACCUGCCUGAGGGAUACGAGCAGAGGACCACGCAGCAGGGCCAGGUCUACUUCCUCCACACCCAGACAGGAGUCAGCACAUGGCACGACCCUCGAGUGCCCAGGUAUACCCACCACCACU